AUGUUUGAAAAUAAGUGUGUCAUAAAUGUUAUAGAAAAUGAAAUAAAUAUAUAUAACCAAAAAGAAAUAAAAUUUGAAGACCCUGAAAAGUUUAGUAAUAAAGAAAAUGUUAGUUGUAAUAAUUUUACCAGUUUUGUUCAUUUAAUAUGUAAAGUAAAAAAUGUGAGGAAACAUGGAAAAUCUUUGUUUUUUUGUGAUGCAAUUUUAAAUGAUAAUUGGGACAAUAAUAAUGAUAACACCAAUUUAGCUUUUUACAAAUAUCAAUGUUUGUGUAGUGGGAGUAAAGAUAAUGAAUCAAAUAUACAGGACACAAAUAACAUGUCAAAUAUUGAUAAAUACUAUUUAGUAAAAAAUAUAUUCAAUGAAAAUGUAAUAACAAAAAAGGGUCAUAUACAACUAGUGAUAAACAAAGACUUUUAUAUAAAUGAAGAAAAGUUUAUAUUAUAUGAAAACCAUUUAUUAAAUAAAUAUAAAAAAAAAUAUUUAUAUGAAAAUAAUGAGACAAAAUUGAUAAACUUAUCUCUGUAUUAUUCAUUAAAUUUAUCUAAGCAGUAUUUUUCAGAUUUUGGAAAUGAUGGGAAUAAAAUAGAAGAAAAUGAUGAUAGUGAAUAUAAAAUUCCAUUAAUAUUAUUGAAUGAGUAUAUAAAACAUGAUACAGCUAAAAAAUUAAUAAAAACAGAUUCUUUAUUAUACAUUAUUGGACUUCCUGCUUUGACAAAUACGAAUGAAAAAUCAAUAAUAGUAUUUUCUUCCUAUUUGCUAAAGGUGAAUUAUGAAUACUUUAAUAUUAGAGAACUACUGGCGUUGUUUGAAAAAAACAAAUUUUCCGUUUUAACAGUAUGCAGAUCUUUAAUUGUAAAGGAUGAUUACAUUUGUAACAUGUACAAAAAUGAUUGUAUGAAAAAAAAACAAUAUAUAUUGAAUAUUGUAUAUAAAAAUAAAAAUUACGAAAGUAUAUCUAACCAAAAAAUGAAUAAUUUUGAAAUUUUUAUAAUUAAAAUGAUUGAUGUUAUACCCAAAUUAUUUGAAAUAGAGUAUAGUGACUUUAAAUAUAAAAUAAAUAAUAUUCAGGAUCCAGAACAAAAAAAUAUAUUAUGUAACGACUUCAAUCUGAACACAAUUAAUGGAAUUACACUAACUGAAGAUGGAACAAUCCAAAAUAAAACUAGUGAUAAUAUGAAUGAAGAUAGGAAAAAGAAAAAGAAAAAAAAAGACAUAGCAUCCUAUAUGAGCAAUAAAAAAAUUCCACAAAUACAUUGGAUGAUUAAUCAUAUAAAAGAAAUGCUUAAAGAAAUAAAAAAAAAAAAUUCCAAAAUAAAUUGUAAUUAUUAUUAUGAAGAUAUAAUUUUAAGAAUUGGCGAUUUAGUUAAUAAAUAUAUAGAAAGUGAUAGUACACUUUUUGAAAAUUAUUUGGAAUUUCUAAAGAUGCUUAUUGAAAAAAAUAAUAAUUUAGUUAAUGAAGAAAAUGUUAAAAAAAUAAAUGACAACUAUGAAAUGUGUUUGAAAAAAAAUGCAAAUAUUUUCGAAAAAUUAAAUUGGAAAAAUAUAGACUUUUACAAUAUUAAGGAUUUUUAUAUGGAUAAUGAAAAUAUUAAAAAAGAGGAUAAUGUUGAAAAUGGUGAUUUUAAGCUAAAGGAUGAAAAAUGGGAAACUGUUUGUGACGAUGGAAAUAAUAAUAAAAUAAAGAAUGAAGGAGAAAAUACUAGUUAUAAAAAUUGCGAACAAAAUAAUAAAUCAUAUAAUGAAAAUGUAGAUAUUAACAAUAAUGUUUAUAAUAUGAAUGAAAUAAAUAAUGGCAUUGUUACAAAUGUGGAUAGUAAUAAUUUAUCGUAUGAUUAUUGUAUAUUGGAUGUAGGAGGAGGUAAAGGAGAUUUGGGUAUUCAUAUUUCAUUAGCCUUUAAAAAUGUAUUAGUAAUAAUAUUAGAUAUAAACGUGAGUUCUCUUAUUAAUUGUUUUAUUAAAAUAUAUGUGAAUAAGAUAAAGAAUGUUUUAAUAGUUCAUGAAUCUAUAUUAAAUUUUGAUUUCAAAAAGUAUAAAAUCGAUUUAAUAGUUGGUUUACAUUGUUGUGGAGGUUUAACUGAUUACACAUUAAAUAAAUGCAUUAAUGAAAAAAUACCAUUUCUUAUUUGUUCAUGUUGUUAUACAAAAUUUAGAGAUUUAAGAAAAUACAUAUUUGACUUUAAAAAUUAUGGUAUAAUGAAUGAAAUUAAUAAUUACAUUUACAAUAAAGGAUAUGAAAAUGGUCAAAUAAAUUAUGAAGAAUCGAAUGAAAUAAAAUGCCAAAGUAAUAAUGAUUUGAUUAAUUACACAAAUAUAACCAAUCUCGAUAUAAACAAUAAAGAUGAAUCCUAUAAGAUUGAAAACCAUAUAGAUAGUGAAAAUAAUAGUGAUUGUAGUGAAAAAAAAAGUAAAUAUGAUAAAUAUGGUAAAAAAAAAAUUCGAAGAAGUAUACCAACUGUAUAUUCAUUUGUCAAUUUAUUAUCAAAAUUAUGUGAAAGUGAAAAUAUACAUAUAUCACAUAAAUGUAUGCAUUUAUAUAAUAAUAUAAGAUUUUGUAUUUUGCAAAAAAUAUUUAAUGACAACAAUAAGGAAGGAAACAAAGAAAAGUUGACUUUAUCUUUGCAUUCAUUCCCAGUAGCCUUUUCACCAAAAAAUAUAGUUUUAAAGGGUUAUUUUAAAUAA